CUUCGAAUGUUAUCAUUGGAUUGAAUGGGCGUUAUCAGUGGUUAUCAGCCUCAUAGAAAUGGGUCAGUAGGGGCCUGCUGCGCCUACUGGUAGGCUCAGAAGGCUGUUAUCAUCCAUUCGCAUGGUUAAUCACGGAUAAAUACACGAGAAGACUCCAGAUCCAAUCCCAGAACAAUCCAGGUCGCCGCUAACCGGAAGUCUGCUGGAUAACGGCAUAUGUAUACACAGGUUGAAGAUGGCCCAGAGAGAGAGAACACAAAUUAAUGAAGAACAAAGGGAAACUUUGAAAACAUUUUUUGAGGAUGGAAUGACACGGGUUGGUUCCCCCCUCAUAUCAAGAGCUGCAUCAGAUACUGGUUUGGAAACCAGUGUCAUAGAAAACUGGAUUGGUAACUACAAGAGGUCCUUUAAAGCUUGUUCUAAGCCAGGGCCGCCAAAACAAAAACUUUACACAAGAGAGCUGUCACCGUACAAUCUUUUUUGUCGGGACAUUCUCAAAAACAAAGGCACAAUGAAUGACAUUAAGGGUAGGUGGUCCACAUUGAGGGAAGAUGUGAAGAAGCAGUAUGUUCAGGAGGCAGCAGCACUGAAGGCACAUGGGCAGUCACAGGACCUUAGCCCUGAGAUGAGAGAUCUUAAAAUAAAAGGGCAUCUGAAGAACCUGAAGUUAGAGGUGUCCAAGCUUGAGGCUCUGGGUGUGGAGACUGCCAUUUUAUCUUUUGACACUCAAAAGGCCAGCUUAGAGGUCUUUGAAACGAGUAGCAAGAAAGCCACUGUGUUCCUUGACUCAACGGACACAGUGAACAAUUUUGCACUGCAUUUCAAAGCCAGCUCCUCAGCCAGCUCCUCAGCCGCAGCACCUACUAAAGAGCCCAUCAGUGUGCUUUUGAAAAAAGUACAAGAUCUUUUCAACCAAAGAUAUAAGGAGGCCGGAGGUACUGGAAGGCUCCCCUACCUAUCCAUUUUAAAUAACGAUGAUGUAACAAUCAAAGUUGCUGGGCUGCCCAUUGGACUUGACCUCAAGAAGCCCUCCUUCUACGGAAGAAACCAAUUAGAGGCCAUUUUGGCAGCUGCUGACCAAAUUUCAUUUGAAAUAAAUACAACACAAUGCAACCCCACUGACAUGGCAGAGGGAAUGUCCGAGCACAUGGACGCAGAAGACACAGCAGUUUGCAUCCAAAAGAAGUCAGUGGAACAGAUCUUUGAGGCUAUGUGUGGAAAUGGUGCACAGCAGAUGGAAGGAGAGUCCUCAGAAGCCACUAAUGUAGCCAUUGUGAUGACUGAAGAUGAAGAUGGAGGCAAUUUGUGCUGUGUCUGCCGCAUCCAUUUUGACGACCAGAAGAAGAAUGCUACAAAGAAGUGGCGUUCAUGGUCUCAGUGCUCAGUGUGUCAAUCAUGGUCCCACACUGCCUGUGGUUUUAAAAGAAGCAUGUGCCUUCAUUGCCAGGGUCAACACACCAUGCAAACACCCUGAUUUCUAGCAGUCUAUAUCUAGGUCCAUUGCCACCGAAAAUUCCACGGAUGUCCCUCAUUUUCAGCUGAUGUCCGUCCCCUUCCUGUUUCUUUGUGUUGGCAGUAGUUUUUGUGUUCUCUGCAGGGUAAAUCCAGACAGCUAGCUAGACUAUCUGUCCAAUCUGAGUUUUCUGUUGUAAUAUUUACGUACGAACGUACACAAGUUUGAGGUUUUGUGUUGAUGGCCCCCACUGCAUCCGUACAAACACACACACUCCGUUUAAAAAGAACCCUGGAGUGUUUGGUCGGAAAGUCCAGCUUGAGUGAAUUGAAAAAAUCAGUGAAAGCUCAUUUGAACUCUGGUGCAUGUCUGUACGGAUUGUAUAUGUGUAUACGGAUUUGGCCGGCAGCCUUGAGUUUGACACGUGAUUUAAAGCCUGUUAACAUUUAUUAGGUGCCUGUUCAUCAUUUUCAUUAAAAUAGACUCCUUGUGAAUCUUGCCUCUACAUGCCUUUGGAUUACACUUAUAUAUUUUAAUUUACCCUAGUUAAGAUUCUUUGUACUUUAUUGUUGUUUAUUGGUUCCAUCAAUGUGGUCCCUUUCAAACCGUACAAUGUGGGGAACAUUUAAAGUUAUAUUGUAAUGAAUUGAGUAUACCUGUUGGAAAUAAAAGGUAUCCUAUUUCUCA